CCGAGUGGAAGGCGGUCAGUGACGGUGGUUCCGCGGCCCUCGCGCAGUCUGUCUCGCUAACAAUCCACAUGCGACUGGUGAUGUGCGUGCGUCGCGCCGCGGCCUGACAACGUGUCGAGGAUCAUGGUGUUGGCUUCAGUGGUUGCUGCUAACUACAGUGGCACCACACGCGACUGACGUGCUGGAUGCUACUCACUGUGCACACGUUACCACAGCUUGCCGUGUCAGCGAAGUUGUUGUGUCUCCUGAUGAUGGUCAUCUGCGGGGCGGUACCAUCCGUGGUGCGGUCUGUGCGGCUCUACAAUGAAUGUUCGCACGGCUACGUGCAGAUCGACGCCAAUGGGACUGUUCGAGCGGACAAUCCAUAUGAAGACAGGUUGCAAAACCUGAGUAUCAGCUCACUGAACCUGGACAUUGCUUUGAAGAUAUACGGUGAAGCCUCAGGAAUGUACCUCUGUUUCAAUAAGAAGUGGAAACUGGUUGGAAAGAAAAAGUUUGUGAAGAAACGCUGCACGUUCAAAGAGACGCUGUGGCAAGCAGCAUACACGCAGUACCAGUCGGCGUUCCACAAAAAGCGCUUCAUGGGCUUCACGUCGAAGGGCAGGCCGGUGCGCGGUGCGUGCGACGCGACCAACAGCCGGCGCCGGGAGUGCGGCUGCUGCAGCCGGAAGCGGGGCUGUGGUUCCUCUUUCAUGUUCCUGCGGCCGGGCAGCAGCAGGGACAUCGAUAUACAUAACGACCAGAUUCGGCACCAUAAACAGCAUUCGAGUCUCAGGCAAAGGCCUUCGUCUUGAGCGUCGCCGAUCGCCGAGUUCGCCGCCGCAGCAACAGCAGUCGCAGCAGUCGAACCCACCGUAGCAGCAGCUUUACUGUGUAUCCGCCGCCCACGCUACGCCCCCCUCCGCCGCCAUUAGUCUGCGCCGACGAUACCAGUCAUGGGACGCAUCUGUGUACUGAGUAUGGCCGUAUGCGGUUACCGUUAUCCGAAUCGGUAAACACGUAGAAAUCGUGUAAAUGGGAAGAAACGUAUGCCAUAAAUGAGAACCAUUACGACGUAUGCCUGCUUCCCAGAAACGUUUUGCAGCUUUGAAUAUUGCUAACACUUGGUGGCCCGACUGAAUGCUUCAUUACUCCGCCCUUCAUCCCCCGCAGAGAACAGUUUGAAAAUUCAUAAUACGCUACGGAAUGCAGCGGGAUGGGAACUGUCUCAGUGAUGACAAUGAACAAUAAAGUCGCUAAACAGUCUAUUAUAUUCCUAUAGAGCAAACACACAUUUAGGAAGGCGCGUUCAAAACGUUUUGCUAUUGACGUGGUAAAAUGGCAUCAACAGCGACCAAUGAGCAGUCAGCAAAAGUCUUGACAUAAUAGAAUUCUGCUGAAAUCAGCGUAACAUCGAAGAAACUGAUCUGAGAACAAUGCCGAGAGAUCUGCAUUACGACAUGGUACCCAACUGCAACUAAGUUGCACAUAUGCACAUAAUUAACACGAAUGCCCCCGUAAAUUGCCAGUUCCUUAAACAGUUUUUGUGUCUCAUUGUAGAGCUCGCUGCUUCUUGAGUGUGCUUUCGGAUUAAAUAAAUAACGUGAGUCUAACGAGCACUUGCUCGUAGCAAAAGGCUGAGAUAUUGGGAUUGACUGAGGGAAAAAAGUCACGACUUUCUCAAAGAGUAGGACACUUAUUUCUACAGUUGUUGUGAAAAAUGGAGCAACAAGAACUUAAUGAGUGUUGAGUGUAAUGCCAUGAUUGUAUGUUUGUUAUAAAGUAACUGCAACGUUUGCACAGACUUGCGUAAAGUGAAACAGAUUUUCUUAACAUGUUAUUUUCAGCCGGACGCCACAUUUCCAUCAGACUUUUCACUGUAGAUUUUGUUAGUAAUUAAGAACGUAGUUGUCAGUAUAGUGCUGGUAACUUAAAAGUUCGGUUCAAGAUACACAUGCUGUCGAUUUGUUGUCUCAAGUGACCCUAAGAGGGUCUGUUAUACAUUCCAUAUGUUUUCUAAUACCGAGUACAUUUCUGUUGUAUUAUCAUAUUUGCUUUAUUGACACAUUUUCUGAACGUAUAUAAUAGGAAAACUCGUUACUGAUAAUGCACGCAAGUGGUUCCUUGUUAUUAUUUAUAAUGACAGAAAGUGUAAUAUUUAUAAUGUGUACCUCUAUACAAUUAAUUGAUGGCAAGGUGUAGUCGCCUCUGUACCUGUAGAAUAAUAUUGGCUCUGACUCGAGCAACCACCAAAGCAGCUAACACUGCAUCAUGGCUACCCCCUAUCCCAUGACAGGAGAACAUGUAUACAUUUUCAUUCCAUUUAAAAUGCCCAGACAAUUGAGAUAGCAGCACAUGGGCAUAAGAAGCUCCUGAACUUCUGUUUGGCACUACUUUCCACUAGUUCACAUUGCCUGAUAUUACUCUCAGAACAACUGUAAUGUAACUUUGAGUUAAACGGUAAGAAUCCGUAAACAUUGCCCAUAUGUAAAAAGUUAUUAUCAAAGAGUGUGUUAAUGAAGAAAGACUCAUUAAAUCAGUUACCUCUUUAUGCAAAAUAAGUUACAAAUGUUCCACAUGGCUUUAUGUCCAAAAAUGUAGUAAAAUCACAAGAUGUCAGUAAUUGUGUACAUGCUACUACCAGUAACCGCUUUUCUUUCUAUGGACACUCAUAUCAGUACACAUUAUAAGGAAGAUAUGAUGAGCAUUAAUGUCUUUUCUUGUGUUAUAAAAUGCUGUUGUCCUCUUUACGUGUUUGUUUUUAUUUAGGGAAUUGAACUUUAUUGCAUACACUGAUUUGUUUAUAUCUAAUGAAUAAUGUAACUUUUUCAAUAAUGUUGUAGCGUAAACCACACACGUAUUUCAGAAGGCAAAACGUCACUAAAUUUCAUAAAUAACUCAAGCAACCAAAACUCAGAUGUUCAGGAGAAAGUAGAAGAAUCUCUUCCCCCCCCCUCCCCCCCUCCCUUCUCCAACUAUCUCCUCCCCCCUCCAUCCUGCUCAACAGCACCAACAAGUUUUAUUUGUAUGCAAAAUAAUACAAUAACACUGUUUUGAGUGUGUCCCUUGCGAGACAACAGUUGAUUAAUAUAGGAUAAAGUGACACAUCCAAUUCCAUUUCUGACUUGUUCUCCACUUUAGCCUGACACAUAAUAUCAUCAGAUUAUUUUUUGUAUCAGAUUGCACAAACUUAGAGAUGUGACACAACAUCUGCACAUCAUGUCCAUGUCCAAGGAGAAUACUGUGCAUGAAUGGAAAUAAAAAUAUUGUAAUGAAAAGCAAUAUAUGAUCUGUGUAAUUUAGUAAUUGCUGUUAAGCAUUAGAGCUGAAUGUUGUGUGUCUAUUUAAAUGUUAGUAGCAGUAACAAGGUGUGUUACAUAAAUGCCUUGCUUGUAUGUGCUAAUGUGCCUGAGCUAUGCAAGACUGUCUUCACAGUAACUAGAUGCACUACUGUUUACAACACACAUGUGCCAAACAUCGUUAAAUGCUUAAUUUAGAGUUGUCAUUUUGUACAAAUCAUUUUUUCACGUUCAGUGUAUUGAUGUGGCGUCCACAUUAAUGUGGCCUAUAUUUAAUAAUUCUGUAUCAGAAGAAGCACUUCAAGCAUUCCAUAAAAUAUAAUGUUCAAAUUAUUAAUUUAAGUAAACAAAAGAAAACUUGUUUUCAUAGACCAAAAAGAACCACCCUUUUCAAGGCAUUUUAAACUAACACCUUCUAAAAUUCAUUUACUUUCCUGUGUGUUUUACUUUGAUGAGGAUCUCAACUUAAUAACUGAUUGUCAGUACAGCUGUACCUGUGAAACUAUUUAGUAAGGAAAAUUAGUGGCAAAUAAUUUUGUUUCAUGUGCAAGGAGCUAGGAGUCAUCAAAAGCAUAUGCUGUAUGAAGAAAUUGUGUGCAUUUUGAUGUUUUCGUUGCUUGAUAUGCAUCUUAUGUCAGAGAAAUGAUACCUCUGUUCACUUGCAGAAAAAAAAAAUCAACAAUAUUGACACUGUACAUUCUGAUAAUUUGUAAGAUCCUCAACUCACACUUAAAAGGAUUCUGAUAAUCAGAUAUGGAUGGGAUGACAAAGUUCCUACCAUUUUACCUCAUGUAAAGAAAGAAAAUUACUUGUCUGUAUCCUUCAUGCUGAAAUGUUUUCGAAAAUCGCAUUAUUGCGUAAGUAAUUAACAUUUUGAGAUACUGUUUAAUAUAAACACGUUAUAAAUGUUGUAACGUAAAGUAACAUGUCAGUGUAACUUUCCAUUAACUCGAAGUAUUAUCAGGAGGACGUAUCCCCAGUCUUAUGAUAUAUUUUGCUUAUGUACAUUCUGGUGUAGCUUCUGCUGCUGUACAUAACUGUAUAUACAGAGUUUUAAUAC